AGUGGUUGAGCCACAUGAGAGCAGACCGGAGCACCGACGGCUGUGCGGAGGUCGACCGAGGCGAGGGAGCGUCGUGUUUGGCUGCUUUCAGCACCCUAGCGUCACCAUAUAACCAGGACUGUAACGUUGGUCGCCGACUAGUUGCUGCUGGAAGGUCGUGUCAUUGUUCGGAGAAGAUUUACUGCCGAUUUUACACCGCGUGACUCGGAUCGGUUAUUACUGCGGCCGUUUGGAAUAUAAGCCACUCGGAGGAUUACCGCUGGUCACAUCAAAUCCCCCAAAUCCCCGGCUCCUUCCUCAUGACGAGAGAUGGGGAAUGGCUUGUCGGAAAAAUCCAGCUGCCUUUCCAGCGUGCCCUUCUUCCAGUCCUUCCACAUCGCCAUCCUGGGCCUGGACUCGGCGGGGAAGACCACCGUCCUGUACCGCCUGCAGUUCAAUGAGUUUGUCAACACUGUGCCCACCAAGGGCUUCAACGCGGAGAAGGUCAAGGUGUCGCUGAGCGGCCACCGAACUGUCACCUUCCACUUCUGGGACGUCGGCGGACAGGAGAAGCUGCGGCCGCUGUGGAAGUCGUACACACGGGGCGCAGACGGCAUCAUCUUUGUGGUGGAUUCAGUGGAUGUCGAGCGCAUGGAGGAGGCCAAGACGGAGCUCCACAAGAUCGCCAAGAUCUCGGAGAACCAGGGUGUCCCGGUGCUGGUCGUGGCCAACAAGCAGGACUUGAGGCACUCACUGGGGCUGGACGAGAUGGAGAAGCUGCUUGCGCUGAAGGAGCUGAGCCCAGCCACACCAUGGCACCUGCAGCCCACCUGCGCCAUCAUCGGGGACGGACUCCGUGAGGGGGUGGACCGACUCCACGAGAUGAUCCUGAAGCACCGCAAAGUUCUUCGCCAGCAGAAGAAAAAGAGAUAAACUGAGUGAAGGACUCGCUGGAGGGAUCGCUGAGUUUUAUCAGUCCAACACUGAACUGUAGGGGGCGCUGUGCUGUGCAAGUGACGCUGAAAAGGCAAACAGAAUGAAGACAAGAAUGUUUCGGAAUGACUGGGGCGCCGAUGAUUCUGGAAGGCUGACGAAAGUGUUUCAUGCUGAAAUGACUCGAAAGUGGUUUUACCAAAAAUAACUGGAGCAGAGUCGAAAGUUUGUUACCCCGAAACACCCGAGCGAAGAUCUCUGACGACUUUUGUUCUUUUUUUAUUCUUCGUGGAAGAGAAGUAUUAUCAAUAGUUCAGCGGUUUGAUCGCUUAUAUCCCGAGUUUUUUUUCCCUCCUAAAAGCACUUUAGAUGACUCGUUGGUUUUGAAAAGAAGUUUCCUUUUUGGGGGGGGGGGUGAAGAUGCUACUGUAGAGAAGGAGAUGUAAAUAGAGACUUUUGCUAAAUAAAACAUGUUUAAGAGAGAAUCUGUUGACAGUGUAAUAUUCUUUCCUGGGAUGAGGUUUGGCAACCUAUUAUGACCAGUUGAGAUGACAGUGGAUGUAUUUGGAACUUGCAAGGGUUGCGAAUGAAAAAUGGCCAUCAAAAUAUUCACUGUAGAAAAAAAGCCUCCACUAAGAGUUAAAAAGAGACAAGGCUGUUUUCAGCCCUCGAGUUGUUGAUUUGGCAAAUCGGGUUGCGAAAUGAGGUGAGAAGUUACCUGCUUACAUAAUGACUCAUUAAAACGGCCGCUUGGUGGUUCGUGCCUGAACAGGCGUCCUCGCCUGUCAGCGUGGCGCUCGCUGUCAGGUGUUGAGCCGCUGUGUGACCCAACACUUGAUAACCAGCACCUUGGUGAAACAGCCCUGCAGCUACAAGCAGAUGACACACCCGGAAUCUGGGGCCGGUCGUAAACCGACGCCACUGCGUCGAGGUUUGACCUACUGAGGAGGAAAUGUUUGAUUUGCAUUGUCCUUGUUUCAUCAAUCGGGUGAGCAAAUAGAGAACAAAAACUGUGAAAAAGAAAGAUUGGUGUAAGAAAACAGAAAAUAUUAAUGAAGAGAUAAAUUUUAAAAUCAAACCUUAAAUAGUUAAAUGCCCCAAAAAUUACCCCAAAAACUGAUGGAUUAAAGUAUAAUACUGUGUCAUAAUAAAUGGAAAGAGUUUUAAAAAAAA